UGAGAAAACAUUCCAGCUUUGUUUGUUUGUUUUUUUUGUCUUCCAGAAUGCAGGUUCCCAUAGGCAAGCAUGCAGCCCCCCACAGAACAUCAUAUUUCAACUGCUGUGUUUCACUUGCUUUGAAUUUACACUCCACUAUGGACCGCAGAAGGGAUGUGGGGCACAGCACAAACACGGACAGGAAUCCCCUUCCGCUCCACGAUGACAGAUGACACAAGCACGAUGCUGUACAUCCUCGAAGAGCCUCAGAUGCGGCGAGAAGGCGAGAGGCUUCGAACAUUUCGCAGCUGGCCGCCAGAUGCUCCCGUUACCUGUGGGGACCUGGCCAAGGCGGGAUUCUUCUUUUUAGGACCAGGAGAUAAAGUCCAGUGUUUCUGCUGCGGCGGCAUCCUAAGAUGUUGGGUGCAAGGAGACAGCCCGGCCGCCGAACACAAGCGGCAUUUCCCCACUUGCAGCUUCAUUCUGGGCCGCGCCGUGGGAAACAUUCCGCUGUUGAACGGAUUGCCCGACUCUGUGGACGGCCAGCUGCUGAGCCAACUUCAAAGGAUGACGAUGGACGACCAGGGCGCGACGGGGCAAGCGGUCUACCCCGAGAUGGAGGCAGAGGAUUCCCGGCUCACGACUUUCCACAACUGGCCCACGGAGGCCACAGUCCAGCCAGAUGUUCUCGCCAGAGCUGGAUUUUUCUACACAGGUCAUGGCGACAACGUCAAGUGCUUCUACUGUGACGGGGGGCUAAGGAACUGGGAGCCAGGAGACGACCCCUGGCAGGAACACGCUAAGUGGUUUCCACGUUGUGAAUUUUUAAUCCAGUCAAGAGGACAGGAAUAUAUUAGCAACAUCCAGGAUGCUCAUUUCCACCUGGGCGACACUGUGGGUGGCUCACAGACAUCCACAGGCGGAGAAAUUGGCUCCAGAAAUGAUGUGGUCAGCGGUUUGGCCGCGUCGUCAAUCAUGCUCUCGCCGGUGGUGCAGACGGUGCUCCAGAUGGGCUUUGAAGCCAGCCUGGUGGAGAGUCUGGUCCAGACCAAGUACCUUUUGACAGGCCAACACUACUCACAUGUGUCGAGCCUAGUCAGUGAUGUGCUGCAAGCAGAGGAGGAGGACCGACAGAGAAGGCCGCAGAGCACAGAGCCUGACAGAAGGCAAAGACCUGAUGCUGGGGACGUGAGGACGCUAUCACCACUGAGAGACAAAGUCUCUACAGGAAGGGAGCCCAGUCCCGAAGAGCUCCUGAGGCAGUUGCAGGAGGAGCGGACAUGCAAGGUGUGCAUGGACAAGCUAGUGUCCAUCGUGUUCAUCCCGUGCGGUCACCUGGUGGUGUGCGGUGACUGCGCGGCCAGUCUGCGGCACUGCCCCAUCUGCAGAGCCAUCAUCAGGGGCAGCGUCCGGACCUUUAUGUCCUGAGACGACGCUGUCCAAUUUUCCGCUCGUAGGUUGCCAUUAUUGUCAGCAGUAACUAAAUGAACUGAAAUCUACAAUAAACAUUUGAAGCUGCUGAGAAUUGCAGAUUGAUUUGAACAUUGGCUUGACAGAUUUAUCACUUCAACUGUAACUCCAGACAGAUAAACAUUUGUAGUAAUACAGUAUAUUCUGCUUGGCCCCGCCAGUCAAUAAACAUGGUACAGUAUUCUGAUAAAUAUCAAUAUCCAUUUUAAGGGGCUGCAGCUUAGUCCUAUACCGUCCCCUGCUGGCAACUGAAAUUGAUGUCAACAUGCCCACAGGGUGGCAUUGUGAACGUCACGGGUCACCUGUUUUCUGGGUUUGGUCAUGUGAAGUUUGAAAAGCGAGGCCGAGGGCAAUUUCAGUCAACAGAAUAGGUACAGGACAAAAUG